GCGCGCGUGCGCAGUGGCUCGGGGAGGAGCGGGGGACCUGGCAGCAGGCUGGGAGGCUGCGAGCGAGCCGCGAACCGGGCGGGCGGCGGGCUGCGGGCGCGCGCACCAUGGGGGAGAAACCGGGCACCAGGGUCUUCAAAAAGUCGAGCCCCAACUGCAAGCUCACUGUGUACUUGGGGAAGCGGGACUUUGUAGACCACCUGGACAAAGUGGACCCCGUAGAUGGCGUGGUGCUUGUGGACCCUGACUACUUGAAGGAUCGCAAAGUGUUUGUGACCCUCACCUGCGCCUUCCGCUAUGGCCGCGAGGACCUGGAUGUGCUUGGCUUGUCGUUCCGCAAAGACCUGUUCAUCGCCAACUACCAGGCCUUCCCGCCAGCGCCCAACCCCCCGCGGCCCCCCACCCGCCUGCAGGACCGGCUGCUCAGGAAGCUGGGCCCGCACGCCCACCCCUUCUUCUUCACAAUCCCCCAGAACCUUCCCUGCUCCGUCACCCUACAGCCAGGCCCCGAGGACACGGGGAAGGCCUGCGGGGUAGACUUUGAGAUUCGCGCCUUCUGUGCCAAAUCACUAGAAGAGAAAAGCCACAAAAGGAACUCUGUGCGUCUGGUGAUCCGAAAGGUGCAGUUUGCCCCAGAGAAACCCGGCCCCCAGCCUUCAGCAGAAACCACACGCCACUUCCUCAUGUCCGACCGGUCCCUGCACCUUGAGGCCUCCCUGGACAAGGAGCUCUACUACCACGGGGAGCCCCUCAAUGUCAACGUCCACGUCACCAACAACUCCACCAAGACCAUCAAGAAGAUCAAAGUCUCUGUGAGACAGUACGCCGACAUCUGCCUCUUCAGCACUGCCCAGUACAAGUGCCCUGUAGCUCAGAUCGAACAAGAUGACCAGGUGUCCCCCAGUUCCACGUUCUGCAAGGUGUAUACUGUCACCCCGCUGCUCAGCGACAACCGGGAGAAGCGGGGUCUGGCCCUGGAUGGGAAGCUCAAGCACGAGGACACCAACCUGGCUUCCAGCACCAUCGUGAAGGAGGGCGCCAACAAGGAGGUGCUGGGCAUCCUGGUGUCCUACAGGGUCAAGGUGAAGCUGGUGGUGUCUCGUGGCGGGGACGUCUCUGUGGAGCUGCCUUUCGUCCUCAUGCACCCCAAGCCCCACGACCACAUCACCCUCCCCAGGCCCCAGACAGGUGAGCGCACCCCAAGCCCCCCACCCCCGCAAGGCAGCGGGAGGCAAGGCCAGGGGAGACCCGCUGGUCCCCCCCGGUGCCUGCCCACCUACCCCUCUCCUCCUGCAGCUGCUCCGGACACAGGUGUACCCGUGGACACCAACCUCAUUGAAUUUGAUACCAACUAUGCCACGGACGACGACAUUGUGUUCGAGGACUUCGCCCGGCUCAGGCUAAAAGGGAUGAAGGAGGAGGAUUAUGAGGACCAGCUCUGCUAGGAGUGGGUGGGUGCGGAGGUGGGGGGGCAGACUCUCCGCCCUCCCCGCCUCUGCCCAGCAGCUCCCCCCACCCAUGCCUCCCCUCCCUCCCUCCCGCGCUGGCCGCCCCAGGCACACACUGGACCCAUCUCUCGUGGAACAUGGGCCUGAUGUUUUGGACUCCAGCUGCGCCCCCCCCCACCCCCUCCCCCGUGGGCGGCAAGCUGUGUUCAGACUAAAUUCUGCAGAGGGUGCUGGAAAGACAGCGGGGAAGUGGGGAGAAGGAACCCCGCGUUCAACCUCACAUCACAGCAACAGCUUCCCUUUCCAGGGAGAGGAGACCCUCUUGGGGGAGCAAGGCCACUUCUCUGUUUCUGAGCAUAAAGAAGAAAUUAAACCUUUUCAUAGGCAGGA